AUGGUCACCGAAGUCAAGGCUGCAUCGCUUCCGACGCAUGACGUGUACCCCGCCCCCGCUGACGUCGAUGUGCGGGGCACCGCCGAGGUCUUCCUCGGCCAGCUCGCCACGGCUCUGAAUGGCGACGCAGAGGCUUUCGCGGGCCUGUUCAUUCCCGAGGGGUACUGGCGCGAUGUACUGGCGUUCACGCGCGACUUCCGGACCAUCGACGCUGCGUCCGUGUCAGAGGUUGCCAAGGACACGCUCGCAAAGAACAAGGCGACGGCCUUUGCUCUGUCCACCGAGACGCCCCCUGUGUUGGAAAGCCCUUUCCCCGACGUCACGUGGAUCCGCCUGCACUUCACCUUUGACACCUCGCUUGGGAAGUGUUCAGGCAUCGCACGGCUCGUGUACGCAGCGGAUGUGUGGCGCGCCUACACGAUCUACACGCUGCUGGAGGAAGUCCACGGAUACCCUCAGAAGGCUGGGCGCAAUCGGCCGCGCGGGAGACAUAACGACCACGAGCCGCACGACGCUCGUCGUGCUCGUGAGGCCGAUUUCAAGGACAAGGACCCGGAGGUUGUCAUCAUUGGUGGUGGACACAAUGGCCUCGCGUGUGCCGCGGUGCUGCGCUCGUUUGGAGUGACGUCGCUCGUCGUGGACAAGUUUGAGCGGGUCGGCGAUAACUGGCGGAAGCGGUACGCCAGUCUUUCACUGCACGACCCGGUGUGGACGGACCACAUGCCGCUCAUGGAGUAUCCGCCUACUUGGCCGGUCUGGAUGCAGGCUGGCAAGCUGGCCAACUGGCUCGAAGCAUACGCCGAGGCGCAGGAGGUCAACAUCUGGCUGCGUAGCACAGUAGACCCGACCAAGACAAAGUUCAACCCCAGCACGCAGCAGUGGGAACUCACCAUCCUGCGCGAUGUCAACGGUCAGGUCGUGCCACGCAACGUCAAGGCCAGCCAUGUGAUCAUGGCGACUGGACUUGGCGGUGGUAAGGCCAAGAUGCCACCGGCGUUCCCUGGACAGGGAGAGUGGCCGGGCACGAUCGUGCACUCGUCGCAACACAAGGGCGGCAAGGACUGGCAAGGGAAACGUGCACUCGUCGUUGGUGCGUGUACUUCGGGUCACGAUAUCAGCGUUGAUCUCGUCAACAAUGGCGUCGACACGACGAUGCUCCAGCGCUCGCCGACGUUUAUCAUGAGCAUUGAAAAGGGCCUCCCCCUCCUGGAUUCGGGACUGUUCACCGAGGACGGUCUCGAGAACAUGUCGGUGGAGACGGCGGACCGGAUCGCCGACUCUUUCCCCAAGCAGGUUGGCAAGCUGUUCCACCAGCGUAUUGUCAAGCAUCUCGCAGUCGAGGACAAGGAGAUCCUCGACGGCCUCAAGGCAGCCGGAUUCAAGACGUACCCCGGCCCAGACGGCUCGGGGUGGCUGUUCCUCGCCUAUGAGCGUGCCGGUGGAUACUACUUCACCGCAGGUGAGGGCUCGGGGUCAGACAUGAUUGCCAAGGGCCAGAUCAAGGUCAAGGGCGGCGAAAUCACCUCCUUCAACGCCGACGGAAGUGUCUCCUUCACCGACGGCGACACGCAGCAUUUUGACCUCGUCAUCUUUGCGACUGGCUACACCGGGUUCCCCGAUACAGUGCGCGAGACGCUCGGGCCCGAUGCCGUUGAAAAGCUUGGCAAGGUUUGGGGACUCGACCGAGAGUUGGAGGUCAACGGUGUUGCGCGAGAUGCUGGACUACCGCGGGUCUUCUUUACAGUCGGCAACUUUAUGAUGUCGCGCUGGUUUUCGCGGCGGAUUGCGCUGCAGGUCAUUGCGCAGCGCGAGGGCAAGUGGUAG